AGAGGAACGAUGAAAACCUUGUUACCCUUUCUAAUGACGCGCUGUGCAAGUCGAGAUGUUUUGUGUUAGCUUCGCCAGCCACCAUGAGACCGAGCCUUAAGCCAGAUGUCACUUAAAAAAUGUGAAAUUUUAAAGCUAAUGUGAAUGUUUGUAAAAAAUGCCCAUCAUUUAAAACCUGCGGUACUUUUGUAGGAAGUGUUAGACCCCGUUAUUUAGUUCGGCAUUGACAGGAUUUAUGGAAAAGCAAAUACUUCAAUAAAAUGUCAACUUUGUGUCAGCACUUGACCGAGGGAGAAUGGCAGGCCUGUGGAGAAGCUACCAGGCCUUGAUGACCAAAUACCCCUGGACUGUCCAGAUAGUGACAGCCGGGUCUUUAGUGGGUGUCGGUGAUGUCAUCUCCCAGCAGCUGAUCGAGAGGAGAGGAUUGGCUCACCACAACAUGCAGAGGACGGCAAAGAUGAUGAGCAUUGGUUUCUUCUUUGUGGGUCCCGUUGUCGGCAGCUGGUACAAGGUUUUGGACCGACUGGUUGUUGGAGGAACGAAAAGUGCUGCCAUGAAGAAAAUGUUGGUUGACCAGCUGUGUUUCGCACCAUGCUUUUUGGGAGCCUUCCUCUGUAUCUCUGGUGUGCUGAACGGACUGACGGUGGAGGAGAACGUCACCAAGCUUAAGAGGGACUACACCGAUGCCCUGAUCUCUAAUUACUAUCUUUGGCCUCCAGUCCAGAUUGCCAAUUUCUACUUCAUUCCUCUGCACCACAGGUUGGCUGUGGUCCAGAUCGUUGCUGUUGCUUGGAACUCCUACCUGACCUGGAAGGCCAAUAAGAUGUGAAGGACGAUCACAAGUCCAGCCUGUGUUGUUCUCGCUGAUGAUUACUUUGCACUCAUUUGUAGUGUGUGUGACUUGGGCGUAACUUACUUUAGUCUGCUGGUAUUUCCAAUGUGUAAAGCUGCGACUGAGUCACACGUAAAGGUCGGGAGAAACGGCUCGUCUACUCUGAGUGACAAAUUCACACUUGAAAGUCAAACUUGCAUUUGCAGAAAUGUCUGUGAAAGUUUGUUAUUUAUGGAAAUGGGAUUUGGCGGCGGUGCUGCAGAGCAGCCACACAUACACACUCACACAUUAACACCUACUGCUCACAAAGGAAACUUUUCUAAUCUCUUUAGUGUAUUGACAUCAUUGUUUUUGUAUUUUUUUUCCAAUAAUGGGCCUUUAUCACUGAUUAAAGUGCAUUCCACAGUUUCUCAUAAUGUAAUUUUCAUUUACAUCGUUCUGCUCAUUCACUUUCUCUAAACCUGCUUCAUCUGUGACUUAGUUUUCCUGAAUUUGACAGCUGAAGAGGUCAAAACUCCUGCAGCAUUUAGAAAACUGCAACGCUGGACUAAAUUGAAUUGGCUUGGAGCCUUUUUUUUAAUCUAUUCUUUGAGUAAUAAAGUUGUUCCAUAUACAAAACAUGUUGCUGGACAUUUGACCUCUUCAGACUGUCUCCUUUACUCCAUGAAAAUGAAAGUAGGUGACGUUGUGUCAGAAAUCUCUACUUUUCCAUUUGACAACCCUCAGGAAAAAGCUGAUAUAAAUGGAUAUAACAUCUCACUAUUUACUCACUUCAAGUCACUUCUUUAAAAGUUUCAAGUCACCUAACGAUGAAGGAAAAGUUUGCCAAGACUUGAAUAAUAUAAGGUCGAUAUCCCUCUCAUGUCUGUACACUAAAUAUGGAGAUGCAGCCACCUAGCUUAGCUGACUUUGUUAGUUAAGUAAGUAAAAUUUUGUUUAUAUAGCACCUCUAACGACAUAAAUCACAAAGUGCUUCACAACAGUAAAACAAAGUACAAUUGGAGUAAAAAACAAAACAAAAAAAACAGAAGACUGGAAACAGAAGGAAACGGUCAGCUGGACAGUGGAGUUGUUGACAGCAAAGUGUCUGGUUCAGGUGGAGCUCACUUGGGAACAUUUAACCAAACGUGUGUGUGUGUGUGUGUGUGUGUGUGUGUGUGUGUGUGUGUGUGUGUGUGUGUG